UAAUGCAACAUCUGGACGCCAACCGCCUGUAAAAACAAAAUAAGAAGCAAAAGAAGAAGAAGAAGAAGAAGAAGAAGAAUGAACGGUUAAACAUCCAGGGUUUAAAUGGCAAAGCUAACAAGCUAAUGGUUACCAGUUGGUCAACGGCUGGAUUAUUUUGCGAUGGCUCUCUGGAAAAAACAAGAGGAAUAAGUGAAGGAACAUGGAGAAUAUCUGGGAUUUUAUUUCGAGUACUUUGGGUUAUUUACACUUGGAUACCCAUAGUGUAAGAUUGGCUUGUUUUCACCGUAGAAAGAUGACGACGUUUGCGGCGUUUCAGUGCCUCAAACCCGGGCGUCGGUGAUGCUGUUAACCGCUGGUGAAAUGUUCUCAGAAUUUGGAUAAAUAACUAAAAUCUCGUUAUUAUAAACAGUCUUGGGAAGUAACGAGAUUACAACUAACGAGAUUACGUAAACGGGAUACAAAAAAAGGGUCCCUACUCCACAUCAUGAAAAACUGCGAGUAUCAGCAAAUUGACCCCCGGACACUUCCAACCCCGACCCCGAUCCCGACCCCUCAUCACGGGCCGGACGUUGACAGACCAGAGGAGCCGAAAGGGAAACCCAGGAGGAAGUGGCACGUGUUCCCCGGAAAGAACCGGUUCUACUGCGAUGGGCGGAUCAUGGUGGCCCGGCAGAGCGGCGUGCUGCCCCUCACCCUGGGCCUCAUCCUCAUCACCAGUGGAUUAUUCUUUAUUUUUGACUGUCCCUUCCUGGUCAAACACCUGACCAGCUGCAUCCCUGUGAUUGGAGGCUUCCUCUUUGUGUUUGUGGUCAUCACGUUGCUCCAGACGAGCUUCACGGACCCCGGCAUCUUGCCCCGAGCGACGCCCGAUGAGGCGGCAGACAUCGAAAAACAGAUCGAUAACACGGGGAACACCAGCUAUCGGCCACCCCCCCGCACUAAGGAGGUGGUGAUCAACCAGCAGGUGGUGAAGCUCAAGUACUGCUUCACCUGCAAGAUGUUCCGGCCCCCCCGCACCUCCCACUGCAGCCUGUGUGACAACUGUGUGGAGCGGUUCGACCACCACUGCCCCUGGGUGGGGAACUGUGUGGGAAAACGCAACUACCGCUUCUUCUACACCUUCAUCGUGUCGCUCUCCUUCCACACCGCCUUCAUUUUCGGCUGCGUGACCACACAUCUGGCUCUGAGAGCUCAGGGGGGGAAAGGCCUGGUGUUCGCUCUGCAGGAGAGUCCCGGCAGUGCAGUGGAGCUGGUGAUCUGCUUCUUCUCCGUCUGGUCCAUUUUGGGCCUCUCAGGCUUCCAUACAUAUCUGGUAGCCUCCAACCUGACCACGAAUGAGGACAUUAAAGGCUCGUGGUCGGGGAAGAGUGGAGAAGAUGUGACCAACCCUUACAGUCAGAGAAACAUCUUUGUGAACUGCUGCUCUGUGCUCUGUGGACCCAUGCCCCCCAGCCUGAUCGACAGACGGGGCUUCCUGCCGGCGGAUGAGUCUGUGCAGACGGCCGGCGCUGACAUCGAGCUGCCCGAUCUGGCCAAUAAGAGCGAGAUAAACGUGGUAGGAGGAUCCUCACAGCUGGCACCCCCCUCCCCUGCACCCCCCUCCUCCCAAAAUAACUCCUCCUCUGCCUGACGGGAGCCUUGUUGCCUGCUGUAGCUCAACAUCUGUCCGCUGCCUGUUGUUGAAGGGCUAAUCCCUGCAUACACUGUAUUAGUUCAACCAGUAUUUAUGACGUUACUCACUGCAAAAAUAGGGUGAAAUUCGGUGAAUGCUGGCAUGAUUUAUAAUAGCUGGAAUGAAAUUGAAAAGCAGGGAUUAAGACUAAGCUAAAAUGAAUCAAGUGCUCAUACAUUUGGUAAAUAAAGUAUACUGUUUGCUUCUUUCAUGUAUGCCAAACACUGGAAUCUGUCACUUUAAGGAGUCACUUUUCAGAGAGUGAGAUCAAUAUCCAUCUAAUGUCUGUGUGUGAAAGCUAGCUGUUAGCUUUAGCUGAGCAGCAGUUAUUCAUUUGUUGUAAUGGGGAAAUGGAAACAAGUGUAGAAGUAGCACGAAUACAGUUCAACUGAUUCAGAUAUGCAGCUGUAUGCCCUCGUAGGUUUGCUAACAUACAAGCUACUGGUCUUACUAGAAUACGUUUUGCAGGACUGAAUGCCAUUUCUAAUGAUUUCAACUUUUCAAAGUUACAUUUUUGUUUUAAGUUCAGCAUUGGAGUCGGGAUCAGGAGUCAGGCAUUUGAUCUUACUUUUUUUAGGGGCAAUGUUGUGCUGCACCCAUUACCUCUUCCAGUUUUUUGGUAAGAAAAAAGCCUUAACAUGUAACUCUGAGAUCAGAACUUGAUUUUUUUGCAAUCUUUUUUCAGUAUGGGCUAAAGUCACUUUGACCACAACAUUGAGAAGUGACGGUAGCGGUAAUCUAAUAUUUCCCUCUUAGUUAAACCCAGGUUAACUUGUCUCUUAUGUCAAGUGUUUGUGCUAUGCUAAGCUAACCAGCUGCUGGCUGUAGCUUCAUAUUUAGCAAACAGGCAUGAGCGUCUUACUCUUGGGGUAAAAAAAAAAGCAAUAAUCCAACAAAACCAUUCCUUUAAAUUGAGAUGUAGUACUGUGUUGUGUUGCCUUGUUAUUGUGAUGAGUUUACACACCUGCUUCAGGCAGCUAAUCUAUAUAUACCUCAUGGAAAUGAACAUAAUAGUUGUUUUUUAAUUGAGCAACAGGGAUACUGUUCACUAUAUUUUUAUAUGACUAGUGGUUACCUUUUGUAUCACAAAUCUCCACCUCAGUGUCAUGUGCAGUAUGUGGGGUGUUUUAAGAGGGAGGGGGAGUUGUAUUAAGACUCUGAGGCUGUGUCCUCUUCCCUCUCUGGUUGUUUUUCUGAAAGUUAGUGAUAUGAAAUGUGUGUGGAGUUGUACAGAAACUUUUGCUUACAUCUGCGGUGCAGUGCUCUCAUUUCAAGUGGAAAAGAGAAGCUGCUGUUUGGAAAAUAUUUUUCCUUCACACCAAAAGAGUCAGCUGUAAAGGGUUGUGUACACAUUGGUGUGUACGGAGUAGACUCAAAGUGUUUUGUGGGAGUGAACAAUUGUCUUGAGUUGACAUCAUGGUGAAGCUGUGAGCUGUUUGUUUUAUAGUUGUGGUUUACAUUUGUAUUUAACAUGUUACUUGUUUGCAUAUAAAGUCAAAGUGCCAAAUCAUUUCAUACUUUCCUUCAUGUCUACAUUUCACUGUUUUUGUGUGAUUUGUCUUGUUUUUAUACAUCUAUUUUGUAAGUUUUACUGACAUGUAAAAUAAUAAUAAAACAUUUUUUUAUCCAUGCA